AUGGCACUGUUUGAAGCUCUGUGUGGAAGGAAAUGUAAAAUCCCAUUGUAUUGGUCUGAAUUAAGUGAAUCGAAGUUAGUGGGAGUGGAUUUGAUUCGGGAAACUGAAGAGAAAGUCAAGAUUAUUCGAGAUAGUUUGAAAGCUACUUCCGAUCGUCAGAAGUCAUACGCAAAUUUGAAGAGAAGAGAUAUAGAAUUCAAUGUGGACGAUCAUGUGUUCUUGAAAGUUUCUUCGUGGAAAAAAGUUUUACGGUUUGGUAGAAAGGGAAAACUUAGUCCACGAUUUAUUGGGUCGUAUGAAAUUAUUGAAAGAAUUGGUCUAGUAGCUUAUAGAUUGGCUUUACCUCCUGAACUUGAGAAGAUCCAUAAUGUGUUUCAUGUAUCUAUGCUAAAAUGGUAUAGAUUAGAUCGUUCACAUGUGAUUCCUCAUGCUGAAAUAGAGAUACAAUCAGAUAUGACAUAUUCAGAGGAACCAGUGAAAAUUUUAGCUCGAAAGGUUAAAGAAUUGCGGAACAAACGGGCACCGUUGGUAAAAGUGCUAUGGCAUCGACAUGGUAUGGAGGAGGCAACCUGA